AUCACCAGUUUUACCCGCAAUAAAACAAAUCCUUUGGGAAGUUUUGUUACUUUUGAGGCAAAACCCAUUUCUCUGUACUUUAGGCUCUUGAGUUCUAGUUUGUCCAUGAGGUCACACAGAAGACCCCCUUUCCUCACAGUGGCAGCAGGAGCACUGGCUCUGGACCAGGCACUGCUCUGAGGACUUUACAUGUCUCGGCCUCCUUUGCCCCCCAGCUGCUGGCCUGUUUCUCUCCGGGCAUGGUCUUCAGACCCUUCACCUUCUCUGACCUUCUUCUGGGCCCACUUGGGUUUCUCAGAGCCCUCCCCUCGGAGGUGGUACUCAGAAUUGCCCGGAACAGACCUGGCCUGGUGGAAACGUGGGCGGCACGUGCAGUUCAAGGCACUGGAGGCUCAUGGCUAACUUGUUCACCAGAACCUUCAGAUCUUUUCCACAAACUGCUGCCGAGGCAUGUCUUCCGGCAGUGUUGGUGGAUUUUAGCCUUUGAACCCAAACCGGGGCCUUCUGAUUUGAUCUUACCGGUUUUUGCCCGGCUGUCUGUCCUGCAUUUUCAGAUUUUGGUGUGAGGGUGGGUAGGGUGGAGAAGUAGCCCAGAAUUAUACCAGCCACUGAUGUAGGUUGUCAGCUCAAGGCAGACCACUGCUUGCUCAGUGGCCACAUGCCAGCAGAGUGUGUCAUCUGUCUGUCCCCCAUGAGUGGCGCUUCUCACCCAGUGAGGCACUCUCUUGGCUUGGGCCUAGGAAUUUGCAAUGAAUGCGCUCCUUCUCCCACUGUCCUCCAGGCAGUCCUGGGUGCCAACGAUCCUGAGAAGAAUUUCUUAACCAUAGCCAUCCGCCCUCAUGGCAUUUUCGGCCCAAGGGACUCACAGUUGGUACCCGCCCUAAUUGAGACAGCCAGAAACGGCAAGAUGAAGUUCGUGAUUGGAAACGGGAAGAACUUGGUGGACUUCACCUUUGUGGAGAACGUGGUCCAUGGACACAUCCUGGCUGCAGAACAACUCUCCCGAGACUUGACACUGGGCGGGAAGGUAAGGCCUGCUGCCCCCGUCUCUGCACGGGUGCCUUUCUGCGGGUUUCUUCUUGCCACUGGAUUUGCUGGCAAGUUGCUCCUGUGA